GGUAUUGGUGGUGAUGUGGUUGUGGUGGUGGCGGUAGGGGUAGAGGACCAGUGAUUCUGGUGCAGCCGCGGUAGUGAUCAGUCUACCUGAAGCUGUCGCGAGAAAAGGAACGCUUGACCAGCUAUCCACGUGCCCUCAACUGCUGAAGCGCAGCCAUGACUGUUUGGGCAGGCCUCUUUGUGGUGAUGGCCGCAAUGGUGAUCUUGCCUCCACCAGCUUCCUCUCAGGGAAGGAAAACCAUCUCCAAGCCAGACUUCCCGUGUGGCGAGCCUUACGGACGGAAUGGCGAGCUGCCGGAGAGAAGCAGGAGGAAGCGACAGAUUGUCUUCCCCGACGAACCGAAAUACGCGGAUCUCUUGAAGGUGCUGUUUGAUGCAAGUUUAACACGCUCCGGCAAGAAUGUUACGGGUAUCACAGAACCUAAUAAGAGUUUAUGCGGUGCCACUGUCAUCAGUGACCAGUUCAUCCUGACAGCCGGUCACUGCGUGUCGGGCAGCACUAAGAAAAUAUCAAUGGUGUCCCUGGGCGACCUUGACCUGACCCAAGAAGGUGAAGAAAACUCCAGAGUCGCCACCUAUGAGGUAGAAGGUGUCUUCCUCCAUCAUAAUUACAGCCACGACAAACCAACGCGCCACCAUGACGUGGCACUAAUCAAAACGAAAACAAAAAUACAGUUCAACGACGUUGUCUUCCCCAUGUGCAUAUCCGAUGAAAUCCCUCCACCAGGAACCAUCGUCGUCAUCUCCGGCUUCGGCUACUAUAAUGCCACGCACCAGCCAGACCACCUGCUGGAGGGCAACUUCACGGUAAUGGACACAGCCGAGUGUGAGAACAUCUACAAGGAGCAUGGCCACGAGCCCUUACUCAGAAUCAAGUACCCAAACCUGCUGCAGGGAACUGACGUCAUCUGCGCCAUAGACGACGUGGUUGACGCCUGCCAGGGAGACUCCGGUGGCCCCGUGAUUAGGGAAAAGAAUGGUAAGUUAUUCAUAGAAGGAGUCGUGUCGGGAGGAGCAAACUGCCACGGGAACUUCAAGUCAGUGCUGCCCGGCCUGUACAUCUCUAUAGCCAAACAGAUAGACUUCAUCGACAGUCAUGUGUACGGAUCUCCUGCUGUUGUGCCCUAGGUGUGUGUGUGUGUGUGUGUGUGUGUGUGUGUGUGUGUGUGUGUGUGUGUGUGUGUGUGUGGUAUAGGAAAUAUCCUCUAAAUAAAAUAAUGAUGGAAGGCAUAACGAAAACCCUGGCUAUAUGAAACACUUAUCCCAAGCCAUCACUGAAAUCUGGUAUGGUAUGGCAUUGUGUAUAUCACUGUGCUGUGCUUUGGGCGAAGUGAUUGAGAGCACAAGACAUGCCAAUCUUUUUACCGCCAUGCUUGUAAGUUUGCUGUAAUUACAAUCGUUUAGAAGAUAAAUAUUGCCUUACAUGUACAGGUCUGGAAAAUUUUAACCCCUUCAGUACCAAGAAAUGUUUCCAUAUUCAUUGUUUUACUAUCUGAGGAUUUUAUACAGCUUCAGAAACUUAUGUGGGGGAUUAAAAUAGUAACGAUUCUGACCAUAUUUCUUCUGACCUCCAUAGAUCCUUCUUGAUAUCAAUGAAAUGAUCUAAUCGUACACAAAUUUCAAUGUAAAGAUAUGUCCCAGGAAUGAAGAGAUUAACCUUACGAUUUUAAUAGAGCAACAAGAAACUUUGCAACACAAAUCACUUAAACAUAAAUUUAUCCCUUGUAACUUAACGGAUAGACAUAAAAGACAAAAUGAUUAACAAUA